AAGACCCUUGUAUUAGAAAACAAUUUGUACGAUUCCCUUGUAUUUAACAUUUAAAUAAGUUUUUCACAAUAACCUUAAAACCCAACUCACCUAAACAUUUUUUUAACCCAAAUUUAAUACUAGUAGUUUUAGUAAAUGAAAUUUGUCACAAUCAACAUACACUGAAAUCAAGGGAAAGUGAAACAUAGAGAGAAAGAAGGAGAGUGAUAGAAUGGCAUCAAUAUAUUUUUACAAGGAUGUUCUUCCAUUCAUUGCAAUGGUUGCAAUAGAGUUCACAAACGUUGGUGUAUCUGUUCUAUUCAAAGCAGCUACUCAGAAUGGAUUGAGUUUCUAUGUCUUCAUUGCUUACUCAUAUCUUGUCUCCACUUUUGUUCUUCUUUUUCUUCAACCCUUCUUCCUCAAAUGGUCAACAGGGCUUCCUCCUUUGAACAAGUCUCUAAUCCUCAGAAUUUUUCUCCUUGGAGUUUUAGGAGUUGUGGCUCAGCUAUUUGGCUACAAAGGACUAGAAUACACUACACCUACUCUUGCUUCUGCUCUUGCCAACCUUAUACCUGCUUUUACAUUCAUCCUAGCUAUCUUUUUCAGGAUGGAGUAUAUAAAUUUAAGAAGCAAAAGCAGUCAAGCCAAAAUAUUGGGUUCGAGCAUAUCGAUUUUAGGCGCACUCGUAGUUGUACUUUAUAAAGGUCCGAUAAUUAUACAUUCGCCAUCGACAAAACCACUACAUACUAUUGAUUCUCCAAUAAGUAUAACAGCAGAACCAAAUUGGAUUCUCGGUGGAUCUCUACUUCUUAUAGAGUUUCUCAUUAUUCCAAUCUGGUACAUUAUUCAGACCAAUGUCAUAAAAGAAUAUCCAUCCGAAGUUAUUGUCGUCUUUUAUUACAACCUAUGCGGAGCAAUAGUGUCUGUGCCACUAUGCUUACUACUAGAACCAAACUUGAGUGCAUGGAAAAUAAAUCCCGAUAUCGAGUUGAUCUCCAUUUUAGUCUCGGGAAUUUUUUGCACUGGAUUAAGUUGUCUUGUUCAUACUUGGGGACUCCAUGUUAAAGGCCCUUUGUACAUAUCAAUGUUUAAGCCAUUGUCAAUAGCUAUUGCUGCAUGUAUGAGUGCUAUAUUCCUUGGUGAUGCACUGUAUUUUGGAACUGUUGUUGGAGCAGUAGUAAUAUCAGUUGGAUUUUAUGCUGUUUUGUGGGGAAAAUCCAAAGAAGAAUUGAUUGGUGAUUUUGACACAAGUACAGUUCCACUUUCAUACAAUGCUAAGACUCCUUUGUUGAAAAGCUAAAUUGUAAUCAUGUGUUCUGGCUUGCUCCGGCUUUAAACGGAGUUCCUGGAAGUGGACGGUGGAAUUGAUCCCCUUAAAUUAAUCGGUUGCAGGGUCGAUACUAAGAUUUAAAAAAAAAAAAAAAAAAUGAUUCUUGGAAAUGUAGAUGAUAUGUAUUGGCGAGUGAAGCUGAUAAUUAAGGCUCACUUGUUUGUUAGUAGGUUUUUAAUAUUUUGUGCAUCAAGAAAAUUUCAUAGUAAUUGUAUAUUAAACACAAAAUCAAUAAAGUUAUUAAGCUUAUAUUAGAAUUAAAAAAACAUAUAUAUUUGCAUAUUUCAAUUCUUCAACACUUCUGGAUUCAAAUAAAAACAACUAAAGG